CGAGGAAAGAUCUGGAAGGCAGGGGCUCGGCAACCCCAGAGCACGACGAUUGGUCCCUGCGCUUCAGGACGCUGAUGGAAGAUUGGCCAGCCGCUCCUGUCUGCUGAUUGGCGCCGGCGCAAAGCCCCGCCCAUUUGGGGGUCGCUGUUCAUUGGCCGGGGAGUGAGUGGAUUCCCAUGACUUCCUGGGCUGAUGUAACAAAAUGUAAACAAGAGGUAAGCCCCUACGUGCACGAGCUCACACGCUGCCGUCACACGCCUGUAGUUUCUAGAUCGGCCACUAGAGGGGGCGCGGUGACCUUAACCUGGAGGUUGCUGGCGGUUCCUGACGGUGAACCACAAGUCCCAGCUGGAGAAGGAGGACAUGGGCAUGGUGGUGAGAGGCCUGGCCCCUGCCUGGAGGGCCCUGAGAGCCACAGCUCCACUGGCUACAGGACUCCCGAGGCAUUUUAGCCAGUCAAUUAAUAUAGUCGCAGAGGAGCAGGAUGGCGAUGAUAAAUUCAGUACUGAUGUACCUGAGCAUGGUAUAUUAUAUCCUAAUCACAUUCCCACCAACAUCCUGCAAAAGCUGUUGUUGUCAGCGGGCUCUGCAGCGAUGUCGCUGUAUGAUCCAUAUAGACAUGAUAUGAUUGCUGUUCUCGGGGAAACCACUGGUGUCCAGGCCUUGCGAAGCCUCAGAGAGAAAUUGAGCAAUGAUCCGGAAGGGAUCCAGAUUCUACAAGAAAGACCUCGGAUUCGAAUGUCCAAUCUGGAUAUUGAGAGGUUCCGGGAGAUGCCAGAUGGGGCGUUUGGCAGAGAGUACGCCCGAUUCUUGGAUGUCAAUAAUGUUACUCCAGAUACCCGAAUGCCAGUGAGGUUUGUAGAUGACGAGGAAUUGGCGUAUGUUGCCCAGCGGUAUCGAGAAGUCCAUGAUCUCAUGCACACUCUGCUGGGGAUGCCAACCAACAUGCUGGGGGAAGUGGUGGUGAAAUGGUUUGAAGCUGUGCAGACUGGACUGCCCAUGUGCCUCCUGGGAGCUGUUUUUGGGCCUCUACGACUCAGUGCCAAAAGAAAAAAGAAACUGAUUGAACUAGUUCCUUGGGCAGUUCAGAGUGGGCGUAACGCUCGAUGUGUCCUUAGUUUCUACUAUGAGAACCGCUGGGAGCAGAGUGUGGAAUCUCUGAGGAAAGAAAUUGGGGUCCUGCCACUGCCCAGCAUUAAAUUCUGAACUUGUAAAGCUUUUUUUGGUACCUGGACACUGUAUGUGGAAGCCUCUUGUUUACCCAUUGAAGUUUCCAAGGGGCAUCUAGCAAUGCAGGAAGAAUAUGCAACUGGAUAAUGCUUGAAACCUUUCAAUGCUGCACUGAUUGUUACUCCAUUUGUGUCAUCAUCGGACUUUCCCCGCACAAUUAUUUAUUUUCUGUCUGGUAGUACUUACUGUCAUGUCUCAGCUAUGUGAUUACAUUCUACUGUACUGAUCGACUGCCUGUCUACAGGAGAUAAACUGUAGGCCCAUUGUGGUGUAUUAACCACUUAAAGGGGUUUUACAGGU